UCUGCAGGGUCAUCAGCUGUAAAAGCAUGUGACCAGUCUUUCCUUUGUAUUUUGUGCGCACUGUGUGAAGCAUAUCUGUUACUUUCGAUUUUUGGUCCUCUGAUUGUGGUGAUCGAAAAGGUUACGUAUGUUACAAAUAACCUUACCAGACAUAAUAACCUUGCCAAACAUGAACUAAAAAAUAGCCACGUCUCUAAUACUCUGCAGCCUGGAUCGGUACUCUGUGUCAUUAGUUGCGAGCUAGCUAGCCCGGUCUAGUCUGUACAGUUGCAUUACGGGAUUUACGGUUUCUUUCUAGAAGGGUCCAUAUUACAAAAUGCAAAACUUCAAGGUGAAGGGAUUUACAGCGGCUGUUUUUACUCCAAUGAAAGAAAAUGGUGAUAUCAAUUUAGAAGCAAUUGAUCAGUACGCAACUCAACUGGUGGCAGAUGGAGUACGCAAUAUUUUCCCUUGCGGAACAACGGGUGAAGGGGCAUCACUGACAGUCAACGAGAGAAAGCAGAUUGCCGAAAAAUGGCUACAAGUGUGUAACAAGAGAUUUGAUGUCAUCAUGGUGCAUGUUGGAGCUGACUCCCUCAGAGAUACCCAGAAUCUGGCAUCUCACGCUGCCGACAUAGAAGCCGACGCGAUAUGUGUCGUGUCACCAACUUUUUUCAAGCCACAGUCCGUUGAUCUUCUGCUCCAGUACCUGAGAGAAGUCAGUACUGCUGCCCCAUCGUUACCUCUGUAUUACUACCACAACCCGGGACAUACUGGACUCAAUUUUUCAUUGGAAUCCAUCUGGGAAGGACUGAAGAAAACGCCUGUCCCGACGCUUAGGGGAGUGAAGUUCACCAAUUCCAAUUUCUACGACAUGGCCCGAGUCCAGAAACUCGCCGGCGACAAACUGCAAAUCCUGUACUCCACAGAUGAGCAACUACCUUCAGCCUUGGCCAUGGGCAUAGAAGGAUUCGUUGGAAGCACUUACAACUAUGCCGGCAAAGGUGCAAACCGAAUGUUGGAGGCUUACAAGAAGGGAGACAUGAAGGCAGUUCAGAAAGAAUAUGCGAUGUACCUGUCUUUCAUUCCAUUACUUUUUAAAUAUGGUGGCAAUGUUGGCGUCAACAAGGGCCUGAUGAAGCUGGCCAGGCUCUCCAAAAUCGGUCCUGCCCGCCUCCCCAACCCAACACUGGACGACAAGCAGCUGCAAAGCAUGGACGAAGACCUGAAGAAGAUUGGCUUCUACGAGUGGAUCAACUAGAAAGUGCAGUGUAUCCACUAGAAAGUACAGUGUAUACACUACUUGUAGUCCAUCAACUAGAUGGAGUGGAUCAGUAAUUGAAUCUACUAGUAGUGAAAUGGAUCAACUAGAACAUCCACUAGUGGAGUGGAUUAAAUAGUCCACCAAACGAAAGUGGAGUGGAUUAAAAAGACCACCAACUAAUCAAUAGUGCACUAUUGAUAAUUUGGUGGUCUUUUUAAUCCACUGAGUGGAUCAACCAAUAUAGCUACUAGUUGUGGAGUCAACUAGUACAUAUUGUCAUACAUGCACUAGUGGUGGACUGGGUCUACUAAUCGUUGAGUGGAUCAAAUAUUCCAUCAACUAUAAGUGGAGUAGAUGAACUUUUCAACUACUAGUGGAUCAAGAAAUUGGAUCCACUGUAAAAAUCAUGGUCGCAGAUUACCAUGAACAAGCUUAGUGCUGCCAAGUGGUCUGAAGGGAAUCAAGACACUUGCAGUAUGAUAUUGAUUGUGUUGGUGAGAAAUAUGAAUUUUACCCAUUUUUCCUGAAAGUAUUAAGCAUUGAUGAAUGUAUGGGGAAUUACCACUUCGUGCUAGGUUUAUUUUUGCCCAAAAUUUGGAUUUUCGCAAAAGGCAAAAGUUCCCAGCCAAUUUCUGAAUAUUAGGCCAA